AUGGCCUCACUUCCUUUCCCGCGCCGCUUCCAGAGCCAGGAUCAGUUGGAUGCGGUGCGGCGCCUUAUGGGGUGGACCACGCCGGCGAACGCCGGGAAGGUCCGCCUAGGAGACCGUAUCAACACCGUCUCCGCCCGCUACGCCGAGGAGCGUGCCGAGCUAGUGGCGGGGCGCGAGCUCCUGCGGGAGGAGCUAGAGCAGGCACGCGUCCGGGAGGCGGCGGCGCUUCAGCGGGAGAAGGCGACCGUGCGGCGGGAAGUGGCAGCCCUUGAGGGGCUGAAGGCCGUGGAGGAGUUGAAGGAGGCGGUAGCAGACAGGGAGCGGGUCGCCCGAGAACUGGCGGCUGAGGCCAGGAAGGCGUCAGCAGCGGUCGAGGCGGAAAAGGCCGACCUCGCAGAUUUGGCGGCGGCUGUGGCAAAGAAAGAAGAAUUGCUGGCCGCCCGUGCACAGCAGCUGACUACUGAGGAAGUCGUGGGAACCUUUGGGAGACCCGAUGAGCUGCUACUGGCAGGGUCAGGUUGUCACGAUGCCGUCGCCGCCGACCUGGUGGGUGACCAGCUGCUGAUAGACGACAACAUAGAGAACCUCAAGAAGGCGCAUGACUUUGCCAUGAGUGUGAUCGCUCACUCCCGGAAACAAAAAGAAGAAAUGAGGGCCAUUGCCUGUGACCGCAAGGAACUUGCUGCCCUGAGAAGGCGCCUUGAAGAUGAGAAGAUGGAGAAUGUGAAUCUUGAGAAGGAGGAAGAAGAGCGGAUCAGGAAGAGGCAAUGGGAUGUGGAGGCGCUGGUGGAGUACGAAAUUGGAGAGGAGGAGCGGCGGAGGAUAACGGUGGUGGACAGUGGAGCUCCGGCGAAUUAG